GCAAUUUUCCUAUCCGAGAUUUUUCUUUAUUGAAUUCUUGAUAUUAAUGAUGGCAUCCAAUCUACCAACCUCGAUGCAAGCGCAGUUCCUUGAGAGCUACAAAACGCCCUACAAACUGCGUACCGUCCCUCUUCCCAGCCCUUCAACACCACACGAUAUCCUCAUUAGAGUAGACGCAGCGUCAUACUGUCACACGGAUUUUGUCCUUGCCGAAGGACAGAUGCCAGGUCUGCCAAAGAGUUUCCCUCACAUUGGAUGCCACGAAUUUGCCGGCACAGUGAUUUCGCAUUUCAAAUCACCCAGUGAGAAAGCAAGCGAGCUAAAGGUCGGCGCAAGAGUGGGCGUUCCAGGCCGAGCGUUCCACGCUUGCGGAAAUUGCUUUGAAUGCAAGAAAAAUCGACCAAAAGACCUGAUCGCAGAGGAUGAUGAGGGUUAUUCUGUGCAUUGUGUCGAUGCCGAAAAUAAUGGGUUGAGCAGACAUGGUGGAUUUGCGGAGUACGCUAUCGUUGAUGCACGACAGGUAGCUCCGAUACCAGACUCUCUGACAGCGGCUGAGACAGCGCCGCUGAUGUGCGCUGGAGUUACCAUAUACGCGGCAUUGAAAAGGUGCGGGUUACAGGUGGGCGACAGAGUGGGUAUACUCGGAGCUGGAGGGGGGCUGGGGCAUCUCGGCUUGCAGUAUGGCGUACAUAUGGGAUACAAAGUGCUAGGCAUCGAAGCAGCAGAUUUUCCUCUGGCGCUGGCCAAAGAUGUUGCCCAGCGCCUGAAUCCACAGCCUCAUAUUGUGGAUGCAAGAGCCGAACAAGCGUCUGUAUUAGUCCAGAAUCUCGGUGGUCAGGAUGGCAAAACACAUGUAGGGGAGAUGGGGCUCGACGCGGUCGUCAUCCUUCCGGAGAGCCAGAUAGCCUUUGAUUACGGCAUGUCAAUGCUCAAGACACACGGAACCUGCGUUGUGGUGUCUUUUCCGGAGAAAGGCUUCCAGUUCUCGGCUCGGGAUGUGGUAUUUCGAGAUAUCAAGAUUCUCGGCAGUCUGGUAGGAAGCAACAAAACCUUACGCGAGAUGUUGGACUUUUCUGCCAGACACAAUGUUCGUGCCAUCUCAAAAAGCUAUCCACUUGCAAGGCUGAAUGAGCUCGUGGAGGAAUACAAUAAAGGCAGCGGGGGAAAGUUGGUCGUGGAUAUGACACGAAAGGAGUAGAAGAAGGUUGGAUUAUGAGCAGUCCGAUCAAACGUACUCCGCCUGUUGUAUUAGCUUGGGAACAGCAAGCGCAAUUUUCAAAAUGUGAAGCCCGUUGUAAGCUC